CAGCUGCAGCUGGUCCCGGCCCGGCCGCCUUGUCGGUCCGCUCGUCCGCCCGGCUGGGGGCGCGGAGGCGAAGCCCAGGCCGCGGCCGCAUGAAGGAGUGCGAGUACCAGCAGAUCCGCCCCGGGGCCGCCCCGCCGCCGCCGCCCAGCGCCCCCCACUCCGGCUCCGGGCCGCCCCCGACGCCCCGCAGGCUGAGCUCGGGCCCUGGCCCCGCCGCCGCCGCCUCCUUGUCCACCGCCUCCGUGCGGCCGUGCCGCAAAUGGGAGGUGUUCCCGGGCCGCAACCGCUUCUACUGCGGCGGCCGCCUCAUGCUGGCCGGGCACGGCAGCGUCUUCGCGCUCACCGUCGUGCUCAUCGUCACCACCACGACGCUCUUCUUCAUCUUCGACUGUCCUUUUCUGGCCCGCCACCUGACCCUGGCCAUCCCCAUCAUCGGGAGCGUGCUUUUCUUCUUCGUCAUGAGCUGCCUGCUGCAAACAAGUUUCACUGAUCCUGGGAUCCUGCCCCGAGCUACUCCCAACGAGGCGGCCGCCCUGGAGAAACAGAUUGACAGCACCGGCAGUUCCACUUACAGGCCUCCCCCGAGGACCAAGGAAGUGACGGUCAACGGGCAGAUGGUGAAAUUAAAAUACUGUUUCACCUGCAAGAUGUUUCGGCCCCCCCGGACCUCGCACUGCAGUGUGUGUGACAACUGUGUAGAGCGGUUCGACCACCACUGCCCUUGGGUGGGCAACUGUGUGGGAAAACGGAAUUACCGCUUCUUCUAUGCCUUCAUCCUCUCCCUGUCCUUCCUGACCUCCUUCAUCUUUGCCUGUGUCAUCACCCACCUGACGCUGCGUUCUCAGGGAGGCACCUUCCUUGACACUCUGAAGGAGACACCAGCGAGUGUGCUGGAGCUGGUGAUUUGCUUCUUCUCCAUCUGGUCCAUCUUGGGCCUCUCAGGGUUUCACACUUACCUCGUUGCCUCGAACCUGACAACCAACGAAGAUAUCAAAGGCUCGUGGUCCAAUAAGAAAAACAUGGAGGCUUCCACCAACCCCUACAGCCAUAAAAGUGUCGUUGCCAACUGUUGUGCUGUGCUCUGUGGGCCUCUGCCCCCAAGCUUGAUUGACCGGAGGGGCUUUGUGCAGCCAGACGCCGAGGUGCCGUCUCCCACCAAGAAUGAGGAGCCCGCCUGUGGAGCCAAGCCGGACAGCAGCAUGGUAGGAGGCCUCCCCUAGAGGAGCUGAGUGCUUGCCAGCCUGCCAGUCCCUCCUCCCUGCACCCACUGCCUCCCUGUGCCUGCUGGACCUGCCUCUGCCCCCUGGGCCAGAGCUACCCAACACCCAAGUCGAGCCUCCUCUCCUUUCUUUUGGCACUGCCCCCCCCCACGGCUGUUCCUGAGCUCUUCUGUUGCCGCCCCUCUCCCUCCUCAGGGGGAUGCCCCUCCGCCAAGUCCAGGAGCCGUGGGAAAAUGGCCGGAGACUCCCUGCUGGCUCACAGCGGUGAGGCAGCAGAACCUCCACCUGGUCGUAGUUGGGGAUGGGGCUGGGAGGGACAAGUGCCCACUUUGCCAUAGAGAACCAGUUUCUUUGCCUUUUAUAUCCAUGUCUAUGCUAAGAAGGUCUAGCCCUGUAUGGAUGGAUGUGGGUGUGAGCAGGCCGGCCUUGCUGAAACCGUGGGCAGCUGUCACAGUGACAGUCAGGGGGCCGUGAAGGCUCAGCAGGUCAAAGAGCAGAUCUUAGGGCCUGGGCUGCUUCCCAGGCUUGGGGGUUGCCUGUGUGUCUUUUCAGGAAGGAGCCAGAGCCACCUGAUAGUGAGGGUAGGCAGGGUGUCCAGUGCCAGCAGGAAUUUGAUUAGGGGGCGGGGGUGAAGGGUGUCCUUGGAAUGAGUGAGCCAAGCCUCCGCUCCUCAGUCUGAGCAGGGAGCGCCCUUCCCUCGUUCCCCACAGUCCAGAUCCAGGGACCGUGCACCGGGCUGUCCCACCUCCCCAGUGUGGGUGAAUCACACACACAUUCACACACGUGCACACAAACACACACACUGGCAAUACUUGAAACGGGUUUUACUGAAGCUGCUGGGUGUUUUGCACAAUUUUAUAGAACUCUUUUCUACAUAGAAUUUUUAAAAGAAGAAAAAUCCUCAACCCCGUUGUUGUUUCUCUAGUGCUGGGUGGUGCUGGCAAGAGGCAGGUUGGUUUUGUGAUUUUGUUACAAGAGACCUUACGGUUUGUUGUAAGUGUGUCUGUCUGGCUCUGUGUGUAUGUGUGCGUGCGUGUGCGUGUGUGUGUGUGUGUGUGUGUUUUCAUUCGUGCAUGCCUGGCUGAUUGCUUGGAAGGUUCCCACUCCCCCACAUGCCCUGUGUUUUGGCUUUUUUUUUUAAUUCCCACCCCACCUGUGGGGAUCUGAGCCUAGCAGAAGCAGGCAGGGGCACCAUAUGAGCCAUGGGAACUGAGAGAGUGAAUGAGAGAGACAGAGACGUGUGUGUGUGUGUGUGUGUGUGUGUGUGUGUGUGUGUGUGUGUGUGUGUGUAUACAUACUGGUUGUGAAUGGCAACUUGGAGUUCCGGGGGGGGCGGGGCCAAGUCCCCAUUCUGGGUGUCCUCCCACACUCCCUUCCCACCCCACACUCCCACGUCCCAACCACUGACUUUGAUGUCAGAAACCUGGUGGCUGGGUGACGCCAUGGCACCCCCCCUUCCCCAAGCUGGGCUUCCAGCCUGAAAUCCGCCCCAACAGGCCAAAGUGCAUUUGGGUGGGGUUAUGGGAGUAUGGAGAGAUUUGAACAAUCCUGGAAGAGCAUGAGAGGCUGGAUCAGUGGAGAACAGAGCUGCCUGCUGCCCCUCAUCCUGUGACUUGGGGGAAGGGGCCACUGCAGGGAAAGAAUGAGCCAAGCUCUAGCUGUGGGAGAUUGAGCCCCAGGCUAGCGUUCAGCCCAUCCCCUUCCGUGUGUGUGAGCUGCCUAGAGCCUUAUCCCCUCUUAGGAGUAGGUGAGAACCUCAGGACUGUCCUGGGUCUUCCACCCAUUCACCGAGGCCCUUUAACUGUGGGCCUUCCGCGACGCUGCCGAGAGGAGCUAAGAAGCUGCAGCACUCCCAUUAAUGGUCCCUCCAGGCCAGGGGCAGAGGCCUGGAGAGCCAGUUUGUCUAGAAGUGGCAGUUACCCAGGGACCUCAUGGAAAGCUCAAAGUGGCCUGGGCGUCAGUAGCCUUGGCCCUGCGGAGGAGAGCAGGAGGGAGCUGGCUUGGGGCGGGGGGAGCCCAUCUGCCUUUCAUUGAGGCCAGUGUUCUUUGUUGCUGCCUGUAAUAAAAUUUUUAUUUUUAAGAGUUGA